UCCAGGUGCGCAGUUCACUUGUAGCACCCUUCUUUCUAACCACUGAAGUACCGACAGCAAGCUCUACCUCCCACAGUCCCUCAUGGCUAUCCACACCUCCCACAAUUCCUGCCAAGCCCCUGGUGACGUUGCAGAGCCGCGGCCCACCUGAUCUGUCAACUUCGGUCACGUGAUCCACCUCCCGAGAGCCGCCAUUUUGAAGCGCUUGUGGCUUGAGUUGUCGGCGUGCGUGUUCUAUUUUUAGGUGUAGAGAGGGGGGAAUUGCUGUGGUUCGAGAUUUCCCCUCGUGGGGUUGGGGUGGACAAAGCGGAAUAACAGUCAGUGCAAAGGGUGAGAUAUCAUGGAAAACUCGGAAUGUGUAACAAUGGCAAUACAAAACACGGAAGAACCAAAAGCUCAUCAAACCAAACUCAAACAUGACCCGUUAAUUCAUGUUAUUCAAAAACUAUCUGCAGUGGUUGAGAAUGAUAAGCCUAGCAGGUGUUUUGAAGGAAGAAAACGUUCUCAUCCAGAUAAAGAAAUGCAGUUGGAUAUUCAUGAAAGCUGUGCCUCUCCAUCUAUAUCAGAUCUAGAUAUUCAUCCUAAAAGAAUUAAAGCAGAAGCAGUCAUUGAUCAUUCACAUGCAGACCUUUUUUUACCAAGAGAAAGAAAGGCAAUGUUUUAUCAGUGUAGUCUUUGUAAUUUCCUAUCUCACUCUUUUGAAACCCUAAAAAUUCACGUAAAGAAUCACGGUCAGCAAAAUGAAAUCAUUCUUAUGUGCUCUGAGUGCCAUAUAACCUUUAAGAAACAUGAAGAUCUUGAAGGUCACAUAAAAAAACAUUGUGAGACUGAGGACACUUUGCAUCCACAGCAGUGUAAGCAGCUAUCUACAUCUCCAGAUUUCCCUGAAAAAGUAAGAAAAAAAUGGUAUGCACAUGAGGACUAUGGGUUGUAUCGAUGUCUGAUUUGUAAAUAUACCUGUGGUCAACAACGUAUGUUAAAAACUCAUGCUUGGAAGCAUGCAGGUGAGGUUGACUGUUCAUAUCCCAUAUUUGAAGAAGAGAAUGAGUCUGCUGGUCUGCCAGAUUCCACUGUUGCUCAUAGUCCACAUGGGAGUGAAUCAGUUUUAUCUGAAGAUACUGAAAGUAGACCUAACUCUCAAACACCUGACAAGGUUCAGGUAUGUGAUUCUUUGUUGCUGGAAAAUACAGUAAAAAAUACAGAGACUAUAAAUUCAACAACUAAUCCAGAGACAAUCGAAGUUGUAGUGGUAGAUGAUUCUUUAUCAGAUGCAGACCAAGAUAACAUGAUUACAAAUAGCCUGCUGUCUUCUGCCCAGAAAAUCAUUAGCUGUAGUCAGAACAAAAAAGGCCAUGUAAAUGUAAUUGUGGAGCGUUUGCCAAGUGCAGAAGAAACUGUUUCGCAAAAAGCACUCUUGAUUAGCAAUGAUUUGGCGGUUAAAAAGAAAAUUGUCCCCCGUGAUUCCCAGAUUGUUUGUGAAGGCUCAGUUGAAGUCUACCAUGCAGACAAAAAUGUGGUUGAAAAUGAAGAGAUUAUCAUAGGCUGGAGUAAUACAAUUAAAACUGGAGAUUUUCAUGAAAGUAAUGAAAAUUUUCCUCCAGUGAGAAGGAGAACAAAUUCUGAAUGCUUACGAUUACACUCUUUGGCUGCAGAAGCACUGGUAACAAUGCCUAUUAGUGUUGUUGAAUGUCCCAAGUCCAGCCUCCGAAUUCUUAGUAAGCCUGAUUCACUAGAUCCAGAUACCGGACAGCAAGAGGGUGAUCGAAACUUUGCAACAUACUCCAAAAUAGUGUCAUCUAAGAUGCCUGAAAAAGUAGAUGGCUGUGGACAGACUGUUAUUAACCUUAAAGAAAGUCAAGAAGGAAGUGAGCUGAAAGAAGCACCUAUAAAGAUGGGUAUUAGCAUGUCUUUGCUUAAAGUCAUUGAAAAACUAAGGGAACGGACAGAUCAAAAUGCUACAGAUGAUGACAUUUUGAAAGAGUUAAGGGACAAUGCUCAAACAGAAUCUACAGUUGACUUUGCCUCUAGCAGCAAUGUCGUAGAAUACUUACCUCAUGCUGAACGUCCAUACCGAUGUCGCCUGUGCCAUUACUCUAGUGACAACAAAGGUUACAUAAAACAGCACUUGCGAGUUCAUAGACAAAGGCAGCCCUAUCAGUGUCCCAUUUGUGAACAUAUAGCUGACAAUAGCAGUGAUUUGGAAAACCAUAUGAUAAACCACUGCAAAACAAGGAUGUAUGAAUGUAAACAUUGUGCAGAGUCAUUUUAUUAUAAGGCUCAACUAAGGAAUCAUGAGAGAGAACACCGUAGUCAUCCAGAUAACCGUACACUGUCUACAUCAAGCGAUGAACAGCAUGGUUCUAGUGGUGAUAAUGAAGACAAGCAACCCUCAGAAGGUAGCAAAUCAUGUAACCCAAAACUGUACCGAUGUGAUGUAUGCAGUUACACAAGCUCUACAUAUGUUGGUGUUCGAAACCACAGAAGAAUUCACACAUGUGAUAAACCAUACAGAUGUCAAGUGUGCAAUUUUGCCACUACAAAUAUGAGCAGUUUGAAGUGUCACAUGAGACGCCAUCCGGAGGAACAUCAAGCAGUACAGCUGGUAGAGCAGUACAAGUGCUCCCUUUGUGGAUAUGUAUGCAGCCACCCUCCAUCUUUAAAAUCUCACAUGUGGAAACAUGCAAGUGAUCAAAAUUAUAAUUAUGAACAAGUGAACAAAGCAAUUAACGAAGCUAUGUCCCAAAGCAGUCGGAUUCAAGGGGAAACAAUAAAGAAGAGUUUAUCAGAAGAUUCUGACAGAGUGCAUGUUAAUAGUGAGAGUUCUAUUCGGCAAUCAGCUUAUGGAGUCAAAAAUUACAUAGAAAGUCCAAAGGUCAAUCAGACUCAAAUUACCUUGUGCAAUACAGAGAAAUUACAAAGCCAGAUUCGACCUGAGGCAGAAUUAUGUGUACUACUUUUCUGCUGUUGUAUUUGUGGCUUUGAGUCAACAAGCAAAGAACUUCUAAUGGAGCACAUGAAAGCACAUGAGGGAGAAAUCAUAAAUAUCAUUCUAAAUAAGUCAGAAUCAGCAUCUUGAAAGUAGUAUUCAGUUCUUCUAUGGUAAAUCUACGAACAGGCUACAGGUGCUUAACCCAUUAUAUAUAAAACAUUGCUGGAGUCACCAGGUUUAAGUGGAUGUGUGUUUAAAAAAUUUCCUCUCUCCCUCUCAUAUAUAUAAUAUAUAUUUAUUAUAAUGACCCAUUCUGAUUGGCUAAUAUGUACAUCUAUACAUAAUUAAACAAGCCAAUACAGAAUAUUAAGGAUAUUAAAGGUCACUGGGUUUCGGGACCAUAUUAAAAGAGAACUAAACUUCAAAAAUGAAUGGCUAGAAAUUGAUCUAUACUAAACUUGCUGAACCAGCCUAAAGAUUCAGCAUCUCUAUAGUAGUGAUGAUCCAGUACUUCAAAGUGGUAACAGGGGGUCACCAUACAGUUAUCUGUUAGAAAUGUUUGCAACACUCACUUGCUCGGUGAGCUCUGAGCAGCUGGGGAGAAGCUGAGCUUAAGGGUCAACAGCUUAAGGGAUCAAACAGAACAUGAGGUUUGUCUAUCAAAGAGGGUAAUGCAACAGUGCUGAUUAUUCGUUUCUGAUGCUAAUUGCACUGGUUUCAGAGCUGCCAUGCACAGAUAAUCUGUAUUAUUUAGUAUUGUGCCAUUUAUACCUACAGUACAUAGUCGGUCCCUAAGCUCAGUAACUAAAAGUAGUACAGAGCAAGUGCUGGGAAUCGGCAGAAAAGAUGGGGGACUACUUGGGCAUCUUUGGAGACACGGAGCUUCACUACUAAAGCGUUGUGGUUGUCUUGGGCUGGUACAGAAGCCCAAAAUAUAUGUACUACUUCUUUAGUUAAGUUUUUUUUGUAAUAAAUUGCAAUGAGUUUUGAGACCAGUAAGCGCACAUUAUGAAUGCUAAUAUCACUGCACCAUUUAGGUAUAUACUUUACAGCUUCCUUUCAUGGGUCUUCUGUAUUAAAUAUUUUACUAUUGCAUGCACACAAAACACUUAAAAUCUAGAAUUUGCAUACUGCUUUUGAGCACCUGUUUCUGUGAUCACAAAUCAAGAUAAUUUAUUUUGAGGUUUAUUUACCCUUAAAAGGAUUGACAUUUUUUGAAUUCAUACAUUUCAGACUAGCUAAUAUCCGUUUCUUUGCAAAUUAUUAUUGCUUAGUGCUGUUUAUAAAAGAGAAUUCAUCUUGAAUUAAUUUUAUUUGGUGCUUGUCAAGGUUUACAGGGUUUCCAUUUGUACAACUCUUAGCACAAAUUGUGAGCCCCUGGUUUCCCUAGUACUUAACUUAAAAGCUUCCAUGCCUCAUUCCUCUACUGUCUUUCUGGCUUUACUAGUGAACACUUAGAAAACCCUCACAGGAACAAAGUUCCAGGCUUAGAAACUGAGGGUAGCAUUUGGUUGGAGGGAGUAAACUGCAAGAAAAUUGGUCCUGGGAAUAAGUUCCUGGUUUUAAAUAGGUUUCCGUGUCCAUUUAAAAGUAAUGACACAUGGUAUUGUUGCAUGCAUGCUGACAAAAUGUCAGGAAAUAUCAUUGCAUUGGUGUGAAUUGUCUGCGUCAAAACAUUUCAAAUUUUUUGAGCAGUAAUUUCUAUUUGUUUUUGAUCAUUUGUGAAUGUCUGUUAGUCACUUACAGCAGUAUAGAUAUUUGGCGGUUUAUCCACUUACCUCUUAAAAACUGCAGUAUAGUUUUUAGCCCUCUUAUUCUUCUGGAGGUACCUUACUGAAAUCAGAAUUACUAUAUGAAAAAGCAAACAAUUUUGACUCUCAACCACAUUUCCAGCAUUUUUUUUUUUUAGAUAAAAAUCUUGUAUUCUUAAUGUCAAUACUACAAUGCUAUCUUUGAAGUUAUAGCAAGAUGAAAUGCCAAGCUGUGCAAAAAGAAAAUUAUCAGUAAAUUGCAGAACUUGCAAAAUACAUUUGUCAAAACCUGCUGUAGAUAGGAUGCCCUUCUCACAAUUAUAGACUUUAUAUGCAUGAUGUUUUGUAUAGUCCUUCAAAAUAUAUAUAUAUAUAUAUUUUUUAGUGUCAAAGUAUGUAGGUUGUUUUCUUUUAUUUUAUAUAUAUAUAUAUUUAUAUUUAUUAUUAUUAGGUAUUUAUGUCAUUUCAUAAUAUAGUCCUCAAUGCAGAAAGAAAAUGCAGUUGUCCUUGGUGCUAACUUUUCAAAAAGACAUUUUGACUAAAAAAAUUAAGGGGUACAUUCUGUGCACAACAAUGUUUGCAGAGGGUACCUGUAAGGGAAGAGUUAUGUACUGUCAUAGCUAGUGACAGAAAAUGCAUUGAAUUGCUUGGUUGUUGAUUGCUUAAGAGAAAUUUUGUUGCACUGUUGCAUUAAAAAUAAUUUAAUGCCUGUACUCCUUUUGGUGGUGAUACAUGCAUCAUGUUUGUUACAUUAUUUCUGGUAAACUUUGCUGGCAUGCUGUUAAUUGGUUGGCUGUUCAAACACAUUGCCCUAGACCAGUAAUCGCCAGCCAGAGGCCUCUGAGUAACAUGUUGCUCACCACCCCUUUUUGAUCUUUUUCACAUCGACUUCAAACCGGUAGGGUUAUUUUUGAAUUUUUGGAUCGGAGGCAUGUUUUGGAGGGACAUUUUCAUUCUUGUGUGGCUCUGCAAUACAUUUAAAUACUGCUCACAAGUUAUAAAGGUUGAAGAACCCUGCCCUUGAAAGUGCCAAUGUUUAAAUUGCCUCUGUUAAUGAUUUUAUGCUUACCCCAAAAUCCCUGGAACCCUGCAUUCCAUAGCCGAUUCCAGCAGUAAAUAUAGUUGUCUUAAUAAUGCUAUUAUAAUCCCAUAAACCCAUCAGUGCAGUGAUGUUUAAAAAUUUGGUCUAUGUGCUUACACAGUGUCAACACAACUGAAAACACUAAAGGGCAGAUUUAUAAAAAUUUGAAAUUUCGACGAACAUUUCUAAAAUAUCUCAAUCUGCAGAAAAGUUUGGUUUUUUUCUUGUCUCAAAUUUUGUUUCUACUACCUUAGGUAGUAGAUUAAUAAUUCACCCUUAAGGAGUAUAUUCCAGUAUGUUUGUUGAUUUAGGCAGUUGAUUUUGGUAGGGGCAGAUUUUUCUCACUUUAACUUACUAGUGGAAAAUCCUGAGGACAUUUCAUUUUCAUUUUGUAAAUUUAUUUUUUCCUAAUUAUUUCCGUCUUUUUUUUUUUUUUAGUUAUAAAAUGCCAAAGAAAAUCUUUGUGUUGUGAGGUUCCCACAGGCUUUUACUAACUGUAAUUCUAAAUGUAAUUCUACUGAUAGAAUUAUUAAAUUAUAGAAAUGUUGGUGUGCCACAUUGGAUAGAAAGAUCAAGAUAGUUUGGUAAGAUCAAGCACGGAUGUAUGGUGAUUCUUUGGCCUGGUUUACAGUCUACGUUGUGCCUUAAGUUCUAACUAAACUGUAUGAUCAUGGAAAUGUGUGUGACCAUUUAAAAAUUGAUUAGCCAAAGGAGAAAAGUUAGUGAUCACAUUUGGAGGCCCAAUUUCUUAAAAUUCGAAUUUGUGAAAUUUUUACAUUUGAAAAAUUGAAUGUUUGGGUUUUUUUUUUGUUUUAUUAAAAAUCAGAAAAUUAAAAAACUUGGUCGAAUAAAACCAUGAAAAAUACUGGAAUGCAUCGAAUUUGUAUUCUACAAAUGGGUCUGCAACCCCCUCCUCCCCAAAUCGCAAAUUGAAAGAUUUGGUAGAAUUUUACCUAGGACAACUCUCAUUGAAUUCUGCAUGAACUCACAAGGUUUUUUUAUGCCAAAGUUCUACAUUCACAUUUUUUCUGCACUUAAUAAAUACUGAACAUUCAAGUUUUUAAAACUAUAAUUUAAAUUUGUAACUUUUUGUGCCAAAAAACUGAAUCACAGGAAAAACUUGAAUUCAAACAUUGAUUAUUCAGCCCUUGGGUGCAUAUAUGGUGUUUUUGUCCAGCAGAUAAAGUACUGUGCUUAGCCCACAAGUUUAUCUGUCGGAUAAGUGCAAUUUGGCCAUGUUUGUGUCUGGCCAUGUUCGCACUUAAAUGUACAACUCUACUAAGAUAUCUAGAGCCAAGUUGAGGUAUUUGAAUGUAAGUUUUCUGGCAGUUGUAAACAGCAGAUUACAGGUUAACAAGGGUCAACCCCAGACAACUAUGCAGCAGUUGCAUUAUUAAAUCCUUUUACUUAAACACGCCCACACCACAGUGUGCAUCUGUCUUAUACGUAAUAUCUUGAUGUCUUUAAGACACUCCACUUUUCCAGAAGUUUGAAAAAAUUGAUUCAGAUGUAAUCCCAGAUAAAAUCAGUGACUUUGGAUAUUGUCACAACUUUAUGGUUGUAAUUCAGUAAUUUUCCAUUGUCUUGUUAACACAGAAUUUGGAAGCUGAUUGAGACAGUUGACAUGACACCAGAUUUUAUGACCAGUGUUCUAAACCACUCAAGUGUAAUCCAUUAGUUAUUUGGUUAGACUGUACACAAAAAUAUCUUGCAUAAUUUAUUUAUUUUUUUUGUGUUAAGUGAAUCAAGGUAGUGAAUAAAAUAUUCAAGUGCUUUGUAAGCUAUUAUUACACUUUAUGAGACAGAGUCUGUGAAGAUUGAACACAGAACACAUUCGUGGCUUCCUGGAAUCUAGUACUUCUAAAUAAAAUGUUAAGUGAUUAUAUAGAAUUAAACACAAAGUGUCAGUUAUAAUAAAAAUAGAUUUACAGUGCUAUUUUCCCAAUAUGUUGCCAAGUUCUAAGCAAUUUAGUUGAAACAUGAUUAUUGGCAUUAGUCUGAAAUAUGAAGACCACUAAAUACAUUCAGUUUAGAAUUUUUAAGUUUAAUUACACAAUUGCAUCAUUUUAUUUUAAAGACAACAUAGUAGCAUACAGCACUGUAAAAUAAAAUGUUAGUGUAACUUACAUUGUACAUUUUUUUUUUUUUUAAUGCAGCUUGAUGAAUUCUGAAGUUGAAAAUUUUAAAUCCCUCCACUCACUGCACAAUACUAUAUGGAUCUGUUACUCUUCAUGCUGUGUUUCAUAAAAGAACAGCAUGCAGUGGUGAUUUUCAUCCUCUUUUGGAUGAACAACAUUUUGAGGGCCCAAUUAACACAUUUACAGAGCUAUCCCACUAUACAUUUGAGAAUAAAUAAGACACUGCCACCUUAACCAGGCCAAACAUGGCCCACUGCUUUGGAGCUUCCUCAUGGAGCAGACACAUAGUUUGGGAACAACUGGUGUAAAUACAUUUUAUAUAGGAAUCUACAAUCCUUAUUUUUGCCUUGGAUCAACACCGUUCAUAUUCCACUGAACCACCACAAAGGUUGGCUUACUGCAGGUGAAUCUCCAAAUGUUUGUAUCUAUAGGGGUUUUAGCUUUUCUUAAAAAUACACCAGUAAAUCAGUGGCCUAAAAAGCAUUUACCAUAAAUGCCUGAAUGCAGAAAAAACAACAACAAAAAACUUUCCCUCCUGAUACUAGCAGGAUACACAUAAACUGUAUGUAAAGUGAGAUUAUUAUUUUUCAUACUUUAGUGUAACUUAUUUUAAUGCUAAAUAUGAUGGGAAUGCUGACUAUAUCUAAGUAUGGAGAUCCAGUUUUGGGUCCAGACCCACAGGUUAAGCAAUCUAAGUGUUCUGGCUUAUAUAAAAGAAAAUCAUACGCUGAGUACCAAAAAGUCUGAAGUUUAUUGACUUAUCCCUUUAGUGUCUAGUUGUUCUGCUUUCGGGCUUUUUUAGUCUUUAGUCAAUAUUUAUUUGUUCAAGAUAAAUAUUAAAGUUGAAAUGUGUAGUAACUUGGGCCAACUGUACAAAUAGUUAGAACUCUGAAUAUACAGCAUACAUUUUUUUUCUUUUGUGUAAACUAUACAAACUAUAUAUAUUAACUAUUGUAAAGCUAAUUUGCUUACAGAUAUAUGUACAGAACUCGACUGGUGCUUUGUUUGGUUAAAAUAUGGAUUUGAUUGUAAUAUUAACACACAUUUUCCAGUAUUUUUCUAGUUUGUGUAACACUACAAAAGGGCAUACCACCUGCAAUUUUUGUAGCCAAAGUACUUUGCUUUAAAAGGAAAAACUGACAUUUCCAAAUUGUAAUUGCUUCUCGUGGUUUUUAUAUUUUGGUGAUAUUGCCCAGAAUGUCUGGACUUUGCAUGCCUUAUAUUGUGGGAAUAUGUUCUCUUCUGAACGAUAUCCUGUAAGGCAGCUGUAGAAUUUCAACUACCUUUAAGAUACUGUACAACAUUAGAAUAAUUUAUUUUGCUUUACAAAAUUUUGUCACAUAUUGACUUUCAUAUUGUAUUUUGGUAAUAAACACGUUUUUUAUUAAAA